AAUUUUUUGCAAAGGAUUUCCUGUUGUUCUGUGGAUCUGCCGUUAGAUUCGCUCGAGACGGGACUCGAGCUCGUGCCACGUUACGCUCCGGUGCGUUUGCUUCAAAUGUGUCUGUGUAAUUUCCGUAAAGUCUCUUCUUCAUGGAUUCACUCAAGUAUUUGAACUGAACUACGACAAUCGCAACACAGUUGUUGCUAUCUCUUGUAACGUUAUAUCGACAGCGCGUAAUAGCGUUCAAGUCUCAUAAUAGGGGGGAUAGUCUUAUUUUCAGUAUAAUAGAGCGUAACUGCAUUAUGCAGAGCGGAGCCUCUUUUUCUCGCUCGCAAAUGAAAUAAUGGGAGAGAAAUGAGAAGGAAAACAAAAGCCCAACGUAUACUUGACUACGAAAAUGAAGAAGACGAAGAAGAGGAACAAAAACCGGACGGUUUUAGUAACGGUGCACAGAAACGGAGAAAAAUGUAUCCUGCCAAAGAGAAAACGGAGGAAAAUAUAUCAGCCGAUACCGGUCUUCAGAAGUUAGAAAUGAAGGUUAAUGAGCUGGAUUGUUCUUCCGCAGACCUCUACACUGACAGUCCACCAGCUUCUGAGUUUGAGGAGGCUCAUUAUUUACAGUCUUAUUCGAAGAAGGAGCUCAUUGCCAUGGUCUUAUGCAUGCAGAGGGAAAUGGAGGACUUGAAAGAACAACUUAGGUGCCUUACAGCAUGUGGAAAGCUGGCCAGAAACCUGGAAGUUCUCAUUGAGAAGACCCAGAUGGGGUUAAAUGGGGACAAUGGGGCCUCUCUUUCAGUCUCUUCUGCCGUGGCACAGGUGCCUGUUGCGGGGGAUGCUGUAAUAGCAGACAUGCAGUCUACUCCAGCUGUUGUGAAUGGGAAAUGGCUAAACCGGGUUCAAGGAACACAAAAACCUAAUGAGACCCAGAAUCCUCAGAAGGAUGGGCUCUUUACAGAGUUCAUCACCCCUGAACUUUUGGAGAGGUGUAACACAGCAACCACUGCCCAGAAACUGACCAAUGACCUGCUCCGUGGACUCUAUGAGCGAGAAUGCCUCGCUUCUCACUCCAUAUCUGGAGUCGUGUACAACAAGAGAGGCCAACCCAAACCUGCCCUUCCCACUGAAGAGAUUCAGGCAAUCCUGAGAACUGUGCAGUAUUUCUUUCCUGGCAAGACCGAUGCGGAGAUCAAGGGCUACAUCCGACAGAAACUGCAAAAUGAAGCCAAGAGGCUGAGGAAGAAACCUUCACUCUCAGGCCAAUAUGAGUCUAGGGUUCAUAGUCUACCGAGCUCCAGAUCAAACAGUCAGCACUUAGAUAUGAUGGACCAGAAUUGAAUCGAAUGGUUGGUUAGUUGAUAUCAGUUUCGUGUUCUCAGUUAAACUAGCCUUAUUCGUUGUGACUUAUAAUUAAACUCUAGUAAAAUGCUGUGCUUCAGAGAGUGUCACGAUUGUCUCUCGCAAUAGUAAUUUGGCUACUGACCGUUGUGGCGUUACUUAUGUUAAAAUGCCAACUAGCAAUUCCAGAUGUUGCAUUCACGAAGGCCUCUGGGUGCUACGAGCACAGUUGUUGAAUCAAAUGUUUAGAUAUUAAUGAUGUGUCUUUUUGUGAACGUCUUUUUUUAAUAUUUUGUAUUUAAUGGAUCCAUAGGAUUUCAGGAUAUAUCAGUGCGCAAGAAAAGUCAUAGAGUUAUUCACAUUGUAUUUUCAAUGUACUUUUUAUUUGAUGAUGUUCUUUGAUGGUCUUUAUGACAACAUAGCUUUAUGUAUGUAGUUCUUUUGUUAUUAAAUAAUGAAAAAUGAA